AUGGUUGAAGUCUACAAACUUAGAUGUACUCUAUCUGGCCACACGAGCGAUGUCCGUGCAGUAUGCUGCCCUUCAGAUAGUAAAAUCGUUUCUGCUUCAAGGGAUUUGACAGCAAGGACAUGGCACAUUUCAAAGAAAGGUUGUGAUGGCUGUGAAGAUUCGGUUCUCCUUGGACACACAAAUUAUGUAUCAGCUGUAUGUUAUCAAGAGUUAGAAAACGAAUGCCUUAUCUUAACGGGAUCCCAUGAUAAACUAAUAAGAGGGUAUAACUUUGAGUCCCCGGAACCCAUUUUCACAAUCGAAGGACAUACAGAUACGGUAUGCACUUUGGCAGUCGGAAUAAAAAUCUGGAAGAAAGAAAAAUGCAUUGCCACUCUUUCAGGGCACGAAGCAGCAGUUUGGUGCGUACUUGUUAUGCCGGAGGGAAGUGUAGCUAAUCAUGUCGGAGAUAUGAUCAUUAUUACUGGUUCAGCUGAUCGGACUAUACGUGUGUGGUGUAUUCGUAGUCUUGAUCAAGAUGGAGUUUCUCCAGAAAUUAUUCUACUAAACUCUCUAAGUGAGCACACAGACUGUGUACGUGCUUUAACACGUAUUGAUGAUUCACGAUUCUUGUCAGCAAGCAAUGAUGCCAGCAUAAGAGCUUGGGACGCCGCUACCGGUACGUGUAUUGGCGAAUUUUAUGGGCACACAAAUUUUGUAUAUGGAUUGGCUAGUUUACCUAACUUUCCGAAAUUCGUUUCUUGUGGUGAAGAUAGAAGUGUUCGUGUUUGGCCUAUACCUGCUUCAACUGAUUUGGCUCCAGGGAAACAGUUUAGUUGUCUUCAGACUAUUUCACUGCCUUGCCAAUCAGCUUGGUGUGUAGCUUUGAUGCCGAAUAGUGAUAUUAUUGUUGGAGGAAGUGACUCAAUGAUUCGUAUCUUUUCAUCUGAUCCGAAAAGGCAAGCACCCCAAGAUGUGUUGAAACUUUACGAAACAGAAUUGGCCAAUUUCAAAAUCACUAUUCCUAACUCUUCUGGAGGCGGAGAUCUAGAUUUGAACAAGUUACCUGGAAUUGAUGCUUUAACGAGACCAGGGAAAUCUGAAGGACAAGUGAUGAUUAUUAAUGAUAAUGGACGCUCUGUAUGUUAUCAGUGGUCUGCACAUGAGGUUCGUUGGAUUGAAGUUGGUGAUGUUGUCGGAAGUCAGCCACCUAAUCGUCAAGUGUAUGAAGGCAAGGAGUACGAUUUCGUAUUCACUGUUGACAUCGAUGAAAGCAUGCCAGCAAUUAAACUACCAUACAAUCGUACUGAAGAUCCUUGGUUUGCGGCUCAUUCUUUUAUUCAAAGACAUGACUUACCUGCUGGUUAUCUGGAUACGGUUGCUAAUUUUAUAAUCCAAAAUGCAGGACCACAGGUUGGUUCAACUAUUAACUGUGAUCCAUCUUACAGCGAUCCGUUUACUGGGGCUCAUCGUUAUAUUCCACAAAAUCUUUCGACAGAAAAAGGGCUUGCUACAAAUGGUACAUCAUCGUCUUCAAUACCUUGUUUCCCAUCAGUAACGUUUAUACCUAUGAAAGUAAUCAGUCUCGGUCCCUUAAUGAAUAAACUAGAGUCUUUCAUCGCACAAUCAUCCAUCCCACUGGAAGACGAAUUUUUAGAAGCUUGCAGAAGUUUCAGUUUUGAUGACUGUUCUGAAUCCCAAGCUGUAUAUCUUACUACACACAUUCAGGAGGUGAUUAAGAAAUGGAGUCCUGAUGUGGUAUUUCCUCUGUUGGAUAUUCUACGUUGUUUGGUUUUCUGGCCAGCAUGCAGUGAAAUUAUAUUUGAAACAGUGAACUGGAAUCAUUUACUUUCAAUUAGUCUAGGGAAUCCAGAAUUGUCAAGUGCAAACUGUUUACUAGUGUUGCGUUUGUUAGCGAACUGUUUGGCUGCCGAUGGGCCAAGAUUUUUAGACAUUAUUCGUUGUCAUUCCAAUUCUUCAUCGGCAUCAAGUGACAAAAUAGCUGUACCGAAAUCUUUACUUGUUGCUAUUGGAAUAAUGGGGACGUUGACUGAACUUGUUAACAGUAAAAAAUUAGAGUUGGUAACACGUAAACAACACCAGAUUGCAUUGGCUACCUUUUUACAUAAUGUCUCCGUACUUGUUCAUCUAUCAAAGCCAUUCUCUACUGAGUCAAAUCUCUUACCUCAAUUGCCUGUGGAUCGUGGUAGUGGAGGCGUGACACAAUUUCAUCCUGAAGGUGUGCAAUAUUUAUGUCUAUGUCUUGGUACGUGUUUAACAUCUGUUACUUCGGAAUCGAAUACAACAGUGGAACAGUUGAAAACAAAACGUAUUCGUGUUCUCGCAUCAGCUAUGAUUGGUCUGAAAGAUUUAUCAUUGACUGCUGAUGACAACCCAAAUAUUGAUACGAAUGUCAAUGAAUCGACAGCAUGGGAAUCAGCUCGCCAAAUUAUCAGUUACUGGGCAUCCACACCGACAGCUUGUAGCAAAGUUCGUGCAUGCGCCACCCAGUUAAUUUCAAUUUUAGAAUGA